GAAGCCAAUUGACUCCGCCACGCCUGUGCUCAGCACUUAGCUUUCCUUGUCGCUGUUACCACCAAAAAUGUUGAACUCAACGACGGGAGACGUCGUCACGGAUGGAUUGCAGCAACAAUGGGAGCGAUGAAGUUUGAGAUCCUGCUGACGUUUGGCACAUCACUGCAAGCCGAGUUGUUUUCUGUAGGCUGACAUGUAAGACGAAAGAAAAAAAACGUCUUGCCUGUGAUUAUAACUACUAAAAGUUAAAAGUCCGUCGCUCACAGAUGCAGCGUUGGCGAACUUAAUGUACGACAAUGGAUCAUGAAGAGGUGUGGACAGAGCUGGACAAGAUCGCCAUGCGUCUUCAGGAGGAUGGCCUGCCUCCAGAAGCCAGCGCAGAGGAGAGGCAGCGCCACCUGUGGCAGCAGCUGCUCAGCAGUGAGACAAAGCUCCAGGUUGCCACACAGGAGCUGCAGACGUUGCGUACGCAGCAAGCCAAUGAGAUGAAAGAGGUGGAGAGUUAUGUUGCACAUAUUCGUGGCCUCUUGGAAGAACGUGAGUGUCUGACUGCAGACUAUGAGAGAGACAAUGAACAUUUGCGUCACGAGCUUCACCAAAUCAGACACCAACAAGAGAUACAGAGCAAGGAGCUGGAAGAGAUGUUGACUCAAGUGGACCUCGGCGAGAUGGGCUUGAGUAGCCCCAGCGAGCAGGUGGCAUAUUUGCUGGUGGAGAGGGCCACACUGCUGGAAAGGCUGGAGGCCGCUGAGAGGAGACUGGAGAGUCAGAGUUUCACUGGCAGCUUGAAGGAGGUUGACCACCAGGAGCAUAUAGGCCACAUGAUGGGGGAGGCGCUAAGGCAACAGAGGGAGGACAUGCAGACUACCAUAGAUAGCCUGUCAAAACCUUGCUCAACCCAGAGUCCAUGGAAGAAGCUGUUUGGCCUGCGCAGGUCUGGUCAGAACAAACACAAUAUUACCCCUGCCCACAGCGAGGAGAUUUCCCGAGAGAGAAACGAGCGGCAGCGGCUGGAGCGGGACCUGGAGGAGGCGUCUAGGAGGCUGGCGAUGGCACAUCAGGAUAUCCGUAGACUCACCAGUGAGCUGGAUGCUGCCAAAAACAACAACCUAGAUCCAAGUGGGGCUGAGCUUCAGGAUACUGUCCAAGAAAUGGAAAACCUGAGGAAAGAAGUAGACAAACUGAAACACUGUGAUAUGAUGAGUCUGCAGCGAACCAAAGAGCAAAACGAGAGACUCGACGCUGAGAACAGAUUUCUGAGGGAGAGAAUGCGCAUUAUAGAGUCUGAGAAGAAAAAUCUACUGGACCAAAUGGCGACAAAUGAUGCAGCCAAAGAGAACAGUGACCCACCAAACAAUGUGCCUGCCUCGUCAGCUCAAGAAAGGGAUCACAUUCACAAACGGUGUCAUGAGGAAGUGGAAGACGGACUUGUGCAGGUGAGAGAGCUGCAGCGUCAACUCCAGAAGCUGCGCAAGGAACAGGAAGAGCUGGAGGAGAGGAACGAGGAGCUGGAGGCCCUGCUUGGGGAGACCCAGAACACCAGCAAGGAGGAGAGGCAUCGCCAUGAGGGAGAACUGGAAGGACUGCACAGGAGGAUCAAAAGCCUGGAGGCAGAGCUGAAGAAGCAGGAUGUCCAAGAGAAAAAGCUGAAGAACGGUGAAGAGGUCAAAACCACUGAGUCUUACUUACAGUUGCACCUAAGGGACAGCAGCCAGGAAAGACUGGCUCUGCUAGAGGCUCGUCUGACUGAGGAGAAGGACUGGAGGAAACAGCUGGAGUUGGACCUCAGUGCUGCUCAGGCUGCUCUCAAAAAAGAUAAGGAGGCUUUGCAGAUAGGCGAGCGGGAGCUAAAGAAGCUGAGACUUGAAGUUAACAGCCUUCAGACAGAAUGCCAACAGGGGAAAACACUUAUCAAGAGUCUCACCCAAGUCAAAGGGGAAAAAGCGGUUCUGGAGGAAAAGGUGGCCCAGAUGGAGCGUGCCCACAGCAGGCUCCAGAAGGAGCUGGAAGGCUACAAAGAAAGUAACCAGACCCAGGAGCACCUGAGGGAAAACAGGCUUCAGGUGGACCAGCUGCAGGAACAGGCUGACCGACUGACUGUCGAACUCAACAGUCUGCAGACAGCACACAGCAGCCUCAGGGACGAGAUGGCCUCUGAGCGGCUGCAGACUGCGAAGCUCCAGGCACAGCUAAGCUCCAGUGUUCAGGAGAAACUGGCAGCCGAGGGGGAAAGAGAGAGACUGGAGCUGGAGAUACAGCGACUCAAUAAGCAGCUCCAGCGGCUUCAAGAGCAGCUGUCUUCUACAAAGGAAGCCCUCAGUAGCAGUAGCCAGAAACCAGAGUUGCACACAGCUCAUAUAGAAUCUAGGCUCAGACCGGAGGAGAAGACCAAGGAUGAGUGUUUGGAUCAGCUUUCAUGUUUGAAGCAGGAGCUGAAUCAUCUGCAAAAUAAGCUUGGGGAGGAGCGGCAGCUGGCCUCUCAGCACAAAAUGGCCCUUCAGGCUCAGGUCGAUGAAGCCCAGGCACGUAUCAAGUCGCAAGACUCAGUACUGGGGCAAAAGUCAGAGGAAGCAAAACAGAUGAAGCAAGACCUGCAGAGGGCCCAGAGCCUGUUUGCCUCUGCAGAGAGAGAGUUGCGCUAUGAGAAGGAGAAAAACAUGGACCUGAAGAGACACAACGCUCUGCUAGAUCAGGAAAAACUCAAGCUCUGUGCUGAACUGAAGCAGGUCCAAACCAAGCUGGUUCAGACGGAGCAGAAACUCCAAAGUCAGACGGCCGAGUGUGAACGUCUUCAGCAGAAAAUCAGAGAAUUGGAGCUGGAACUGGCGCGCAACAGCACAAACCGCAGUGCCAACAGUAAUCUGCAGGAUGACCUGCAGGCCGAGAGGGCAAGGCUCAUUGCCGCCGACAAGAAGGUGUUGGAGCUUCAGCAACAGCUAAAGAGCGCCCAACACCAGCUGCGUGUGGAGGAAGCCCGGGCCGGUGAGAGCAGCCGCCUGGAGAGGGACAGUAGGGAUCUGUCUGACACUCUGUCAGCCCUGAGAGCCCAGCAGCAGGAAGAGCACAUUACCAGGAAGCUGUUGGAGCAGCGUGAGGAUGAGCUGCAGCAGCAGGUGCGCUCCUUGAGGCUGAAGGAGGCCUCCCUGACCAGGACGAACACAGAGCUCCACCACCGUGUGCAGCAGCUGGAUACUCGUCUGUCGGUCCUGGAGGCUGAGCUCUGCAAGGCUAAAGAGGAGGCGAAAGACGGCCAGAAGUCAAGCCAAAGACUGCAGGAGACGCUGGUGGUCAGUCAGCAGGAGUGUGACAGGCUACAAGUGGAGCUACAGCAGGUUCUCCUCCAACUUGACGCACAUGUCAGGAAGUACGACGAAAAGCAGAGUCAGCACAAGAUCAAGCUGCGUCAGGCCAAGCAGGUGUUUCUUAAAGCCACAGCGCAAAGAGACUGCACCAUCCAAAAACUGGAGAACGACCUGGCGCUGGCCUCUAGCCUUUCACACAAGGAGAAAGAACGGAUUCAUACAGUGAUGGAGGAAAAUGAGAAGCUUUUGGAAGAGAAGAGGGACUUGUUGCGGAAAAUAAGCGAGGCAGAGGAAAUGGGAAGCAAUGGCAUGAGGACCGCCUCGACAGUACAACACAGAGUCAACGUAUUGGAAGUGGAAAACAGACAACUACAGGACCAAACACUGAAGCUGUCCAGUCAAGUGAGGUCCUUGGAACGUGCCCUGAGGAACGUCCAGUCGUUUUACAGCCUGGAGAAUGCCAAAAAAGUGCUCCCUGCUGAAAGUCUCUCGGAAAGCUUCCUACACACAUCUGCACUAAGUCUUACAUCAGGUUGCGGCGACCCGCUGGACAUCCUGGACGCCAUCUGUCGCACAAAGGUGGGCGAGCGCGCGGCGGUCGACGGCACUCGGACGCCUUUCUCUGCACAGCAGCCAUCAGAGCAGGGAUACCUAAAUCUCACUUCCCCGUUGCUUCCUCCGACCUCCACCAAAGCCACAGAGGAGAUCUCUAAUAACAGCGACCAGAGUGGAAACAGAUUGUCUUCAGUUGUGUCUUCAACGUGCCUGAAAUGAUGAAGGGUUUGACUUUAUCCUGCUGCGUAAAUACGUCCAAUAACAGAACCCCUUUUGAAAAGUGACCCUGAAAACUUGUUUGCUGUAUUUGUAAGAAAACAUUUUUUUUUUCUAAAUAUAAAACUUAUUUUCAUAAAUAAAAAUGAUAAAGCUUG